GUUGGACUUGGAGGGGGCCCCUACGUGAGGACCCGGACGGAGGGGACGGCACUUGUGAGCGGAGGCGCGGCGGUGCAGGACGGGUCCAGAGACGCAGCGAGGAGAGACGGGCGCACAUCCGUCAACCAGCUGGAGGAACGCGCACCAAAACAAACCCUUAUGGCUGCUUGAGACAUAACGAUACACCCCCCCCACCCCCUCCCCUUUUUUCUCUGGGACUUUUUUGGCUUUUUUUUUUCUUUUUUCUUCUUCUUCUUGUCGUCCUGACCAGAAGCCGCUGCGAGUCGAAUUAGUUGCUCCAAAGUUCGAGAGAAGCAGCUUCCACUGGCCGCGGACGCGUUAUGGCGGUCAUGGAUACCCAUAUAAGAUGGAAAGUUAAACGGAGGAUAAGGGACGCGCAGAUCACACUAGCGGUGAUUCUGCUUUUUGUCGCAUCGCAAGCAAGUUCAGUGGAACCAGCGGACCUCUUGAAGAUUUUAGAUUUUCCCAGUUUACCUGAGGGUGUUAAAAAAACGACAGGUUUCUGCUCCCAUCGGAGGUCAACACAAGGAGCCGAUGUGGCCUACAGAGUAUCCAAAGACGCCCAGCUGAGCGCCCCCACCAAACAGCUGUAUCCAGGCGACGUGUUCCCGGAGGACUUCUCCAUCCUGGCCACGGUGAAGCCCAACAAGGGCAGCCAGUCCUUCCUGUUGUCCGUGUACAACGAGCAGGGCAUCCAGCAGCUGGGCCUGGAGGUGGGCCGCUCUCCGGUGUUCCUGUACGAGGACCACACGGGCCGACCGGGCCCCGAGGACUACCCCCUCUUCAGAGGAGUCAACCUGGCCGACGGAAAGUGGCAUCGAGUGGGCAUCAGUGUGCACAAGCAGACCAUCACCCUCAUUCUGGACUGUAAAAAGAAGGCCAGCCAGAAGCUGCUCCGAAGCCCCCACCCCAUCAUCGACACCAAGGGAAUUGUAGUGUUUGGAACCCGGAUACUGGACGAAGAAGUCUUUGAGGGUGACAUCCAGCAGCUAAUGAUUGUGGGAGACCAUCGUGCCGCCUACGACUACUGUGAGCACUACAGCCCUGACUGUGAGGUGCCUGUGCCCGACCAGCCUCAGAACCAGGACCCCAACACGGAUGAAUAUAACACUGAGGAGGACAGCUACUAUUACGAAUACCCUUACUACGAGGACGGGGACGGCAAGGCUUUGGAUUCAACAUCUGAUACCGAGACAGCCACAGAAGAACCAACGGUGACCGAUGGAGACGCAUGGGAGAAUGAUGCAGACAGCGCGAGGACCACGUUGGAGGAGGUCGUGAGGGGCUCCGGCGCCGUCACCGGCAAACUGUUAACCGGCUCGUCCUCCGGCUCGUCCUCCAGUUCGUCCUCCGGCUCGUCCUCCGGCUCGUCCUCCAGCUCGUCCUCCGGCUCGUCCUCCAGCUCGUCCUCCAGCUCGUCCUCCAGCUCGUCCUCGGCGAGCUCGUCGGGCACCGCCGCCGGCGGGGACGCCUACGGGGGGGAGACCAGCCCGGACCAAAGCUACGACGGCUACUACGACAACCUCUACGACGAGACCAACCCGUCGCCCGACACCGACGACUCUCGGCGCGUCGCCAUCGGCUCGGCGGGCGAGCUGGAUCUGGGCCUGGGGGCGGGCGGGAAGAUCGAUCUGGCCGCAGGGGCCCAACUCGAGAGGAAGGUCACCACCAGCGGAGGGGGAUCGUCGAUGACCGUCACCAGCAAAGUGACAUCGGCAGAUUCCUACGACUACCCCGAGGGAUACGACUACGACUUGGAGGACAAAGACAACGCUGGUGGCGCCGGUGGCAGCAGCAGUACGGUCAACAUCGGAGGUGGAGGCAGCAGCAGUACGGUCAACAUCGGAGGUGGAGGCAGCAGCAGUACGGUCCACAUAGGAGGUGGAGGCAGCAGCAGUUCAGUCAGUGUCAGCGGUGGAGGAGGCGGCAGCAGCAGCAGCACACUCCAUCUUGGGGGUGGAGGAGGCAGCAGCAGCAGUUCCGUUCAUGUCAGCGGCGGCGGAGGUGGAGGCAGCAGCAGCACAGUCCACCUCGGAGGUGGAGGCAGCAGCAGCAGCAGCACAGUCCACCUCGGAGGUGGAGGCAGCAGCAGCAGCAGUUCUACCAUCACCAUCGGGGGCGGCUCUGCGUCAGUAGGCGGGGGCUCCUCCGCCACGGGAGGGGGAUCGGCCAGCGCCGGCACCGGAGCGGGGGGCUCCGUCGCCACCGGACAGGGCCUGGGCGGCGUGGAGGGCGACGGCGACUACUCGGACCUGGAAGAUGGGUUCAAGCACGAGGACCUCACCGGCUACAGCGACCUCGACCUCGACCAAUACGACGCCUACGGCGACUACGACAGCGAGAAAGAUAGCAAAGUUCUGCCCGCUGAGACCGAUCAGGGAUACGAACAGGUCGGCGGAGCUCGUGGCGAGAAGGGACAGAAGGGAGAGCCUGCUGUUAUUGAGCCUGGGAUGUUAGUGGAGGGACUGCCUGGGCCUGAAGGGCCAACAGGUCUCCCCGGACCCCCAGGUUCCCCCGGCCCACCAGGCGGUCCAGGAGAUUCUGGAGAGAGGGGUCUUCCGGGUCGUUCUGGUCUUCCCGGUGCUGACGGUUUGCCGGGAAGCCCCGGAACCGUGCUGAUGCUACCCUUCAGAUUCAGCUCCGGAGGCGACUCCGGUCAGAAGGGACCUGCUGCAUCGGCACAGGAGGCCCAGAUGCAAGCCAUCAUGCAGCAGGCCAGGCUGGCUAUGCGCGGCCCUACAGGUCCGAUGGGUUUGACUGGACGAUCCGGCCCUCUGGGUCCCCCCGGUGGAUCAGGACUGAAGGGAGAGUCUGGAGAGGCAGGUCCUCAGGGACCGCGCGGACCUUUGGGCAGCUCCGGACCCCCCGGAAAGCCCGGCAGACGGGGUCGCUCCGGAGCCGACGGCGCCAGGGGAAUGCCGGGACAGUCCGGAACCAAGGGAGACCGAGGGUUCGACGGACUCUCCGGACUUCCCGGCGAAAAAGGACACCGGGGUGAAUCGGGACCGUCUGGACCUCCUGGCAGCCCUGGAGAGGAUGGAGAGAGGGGAGACGAUGGAGAGAUCGGACCCAGGGGACUUCCUGGUGAAUCAGGGCCCCGUGGUUUGCUUGGACCAAAAGGACCUCAGGGACCUCCAGGACCCCCUGGCGUAACCGGGAUGGAUGGCCACUCUGGACCCAAAGGAAACAUUGGACCUCAAGGAGAGCCAGGACCUCCCGGACAGCAAGGCAACCCAGGUACCCAGGGACUUGCAGGACCCCAGGGAGCCAUCGGACCGCCAGGAGACAAGGGUCCUACAGGGAAGCCGGGCUUGCCAGGAAUGCCGGGAGCCGAUGGUCCACCGGGUCACCCCGGAAAGGAGGGACCUUCCGGAGAGAAAGGACACUUGGGCCCUGCUGGCCCUCAAGGACCCAUUGGCUAUCCUGGGCCCCGAGGCGUGAAGGGAGCGGACGGUGUGCGCGGCCUUAAAGGACAUAAGGGCGAAAAGGGAGAAGAUGGCUUCCCCGGCUUCAAGGGAGACAUGGGUCUCAAGGGCGACAGGGGAGAGCUUGGACCUGCAGGACCCAGAGGAGAGGACGGUCCAGAGGGACCAAAGGGUCGCUCGGGCCUCCCGGGAGACGCCGGUCCUCUGGGAUCCAGCGGUGAGAAGGGUAAACUUGGCGUCCCCGGGUUGCCGGGAUACCCAGGGAGGCAAGGCCCCAAGGGAUCUCAAGGUUUCCAAGGCUUCCCAGGCGCCAACGGAGAGAAAGGAACUCGGGGAACCGCGGGGAAGGCCGGCCCACGCGGACAGAGGGGACCGACGGGCCCUCGAGGAGAGAGGGGACCAAGAGGGCCGACGGGGAAAGCCGGACCAAAGGGCACCUCAGGAAAUGAUGGCCCACCGGGACCCCCCGGCGAGAGGGGUCUGCCGGGGCCUCAGGGACCAACAGGCUUCCCUGGACCAAAGGGACCUCCUGGGCCUUCGGGGAAAGACGGACUGCCCGGACACCCCGGACAGCGAGGAGAGACCGGAUUCCAAGGCAAGACCGGCCCCUCUGGCCCUCCCGGCGUGGUUGGACCUCAGGGAUCAAACGGCGAGACUGGACCGAUGGGAGAUCGAGGUCACCCUGGACCCCCGGGCCCACCCGGUGAGCAGGGUCUACCGGGAGCCACAGGGAAAGAAGGAGCCAAGGGUGACCCAGGUCCUGCUGGCCCAGCAGGUAAGGAUGGUCCUACUGGCCAGAGAGGAUUCCCGGGAGAGAGAGGUCUUCCUGGCCCCGUGGGGGCUCACGGCUUGAAAGGCAACGAAGGACCUCACGGACCACCUGGCCCUGCUGGUUCUCCUGGCGAGCGCGGUCCUGCUGGCUCAGCCGGACCUACGGGUCUCCCCGGACGUCCUGGCCCCCAGGGACCUCCGGGUCCUUCUGGAGAGAAAGGUGGACCGGGAGAGAAAGGACCUCAAGGCCCAGCUGGAAGAGACGGUAUUCAGGGACCUGUGGGUCUGCCGGGACCCGGAGGACCUCCUGGACCACCUGGGGAGGACGGAGACAAGGGAGAGCUCGGAGAGUCGGGCCAGAAAGGAGGCAAGGGUGACAAAGGAGAACACGGUCCGCCCGGUCCCACCGGCCCUCAAGGGCCCGUUGGAGCGCCCGGUCCCGCUGGUGCGGAUGGAGAGCCCGGCCCCAGAGGUCAGCAGGGCCUGUUCGGCCAGAAGGGAGAUGAAGGGUCAAGAGGAUUCCCGGGACCUCCGGGUCCAGUCGGGCUGCAGGGCUUGCCUGGUCCACCUGGUGAAAAAGGUGAAACUGGAGACGUCGGUCAAAUGGGUCCACCCGGCCCCCCUGGUCCCAGAGGCCCCUCGGGACCCCCGGGAGCCGAUGGCCCUCAGGGACCCCCUGGCGGCAUCGGAAACCCUGGUUCCGUUGGAGAAAAGGGAGAUUCUGGUGAAACAGGAGAGCCAGGUCUUCAGGGAGAACUUGGCCCACCUGGUCCUAGAGGAGAACGGGGAGAAAAGGGAGAGUCCGGUCCGGCUGGCACAGCUGGACCUCCUGGCCCCAAAGGUCCCCCUGGAGAUGACGGUCCCAAAGGCAGCCCAGGUCCGAGUGGUUUCCCCGGUGACCCUGGUCCCCCCGGAGAGCCCGGUCCAGCUGGGUUAGACGGCCCCGCUGGUGACAAGGGAGACGACGGAGAGGCCGGCCAAGCCGGUUCUCCUGGACCCACCGGAGAGUCGGGUCCCUCCGGACCACCUGGGAAGAGAGGCCCCCCUGGAGUCUCAGGACCCGAGGGAAGACAGGGAGAGAAGGGAAACAAGGGAGAGACCGGCUUGGAAGGCGCCCAAGGAAAGACAGGUCCCGUUGGUCCUCAAGGGUCACCUGGCAAGCCCGGUUCCGAAGGCCUCAGGGGAAUCCCUGGCCCAGUUGGAGAGCAAGGUCUUCCCGGUUCCCCGGGCCCAGAUGGACCACCCGGGCCGAUGGGUCCUGCUGGAUUACCUGGCAUGAAAGGAGACUCUGGCGUCAAAGGAGAAAAGGGCCAUCCGGGUCUCAUUGGUCUCAUCGGGCCUCCCGGUGAACAGGGAGAAAAGGGUGACAGAGGUCUUCCUGGUCCACCAGGAUCACACGGUUCCAAAGGAGACAAUGGUAUUUCAGGUCCUUCUGGGCCACUUGGUCCCCUCGGUCCUCCCGGAUUACCUGGUCCUGCUGGUCCCAAAGGAGCUAAAGGGUCGUCGGGUCAAACUGGACCGAAGGGAGAGACCGGAACCACCGGACCUCCCGGGCCUCCUGGCCCUCCCGGCGACGUCAUCCAGCCGCACCCCCUCAUGAGCUCCAUGAAGGGCAGAACUCGCAGGAACAUCGACGCCAGCCAGAUGUCGGACGACGCCGGCGGCGCGGACGCCAACUACAAGGACUACGACGACGGCAUGGAGGAGAUCUUCGGCUCGCUCAACUCCCUCAAGCUGGAGAUCGAGCAGAUGAAGCACCCGCUGGGCACGCAGAACAACCCCGCUCGCACCUGCAAGGACCUGCAGCUCUGCCACCCCGACUUCCCCGACGGUGACUACUGGAUUGAUCCGAACCAGGGAUGCUCUCGGGACUCCUUCAAGGUUUACUGCAACUUCACAGCGGGUGGAGAGAGCUGCAUCUUCCCAGAUAAGAAGUCAGAAGGGAGCAAAAUGGCAAAAUGGCCCAAAGACUCGCCAGGCACAUGGUAUAGUCACUACAAGAGAGGUUCUGUGCUCUCCUACGUGGACGCCGAGGGGAACCCCGUCAGCGUGGUCCAGAUGACCUUCAUGCGGCUGCUGAGCGCGGCGGCCCGGCAGAACGUGACGUACAACUGCUACCAGUCGGUGGCCUGGCACGACCAGGAGCAGGACAACCACGACAAGGCCAUCCGCUUCCUGGGCUCCAACGACGAGGAGAUGUCGUACGACAACAACCCCUACAUCCGCGCGGUGGUGGACGGCUGCGCGUUGAAGAAGGGUUACGAAAAGACGGUACUGGAGAUCAACACGCCGAAGGUGGAGCAGGUGCCGUUUGUGGACAUCAUGUUCAACGACUUCGGCGGCUCCACGCAGAAGUUUGGAUUCGAAGUGGGCCCGGUGUGUUUCCUCGGCUAAGACUGUUUCACCCCACCGGCUGGAGAGACAAAACAAAUAAGCAUAACGUUUGGUUUCUCAGAAAAUGAAAAAAAACAACAACAAAAAACUAUUGAAAAAGAAAAAGGACACUUCUAUUUGUUAAAAAAAAAAAAAAAAAAAAAAAGUUCCUUGUUUCCAUAAAGCAGCGAGUAUGAGUCCAAAAAUCGAGACUUACAAAUCAAGUCGAUGAAUGCGGUGAAAUUCGAGAGGGAUACAAAAGAACCUUGAAACCUCAGCGUGCCUUCUCCAUCACAUGCAAGUUUUGAAACCGGAUGUCAGAUCCUAACUCCCCUCACGCACACACACACACACACACACACACACACUAACCCCAUGUGAUCACACUCGAUUUAGACGUUCAAACAUCGGAGGCGACCCUGAGAGCUGCAGCCGCGGCUCCUUCACACGCAUUAGAUUUGGCUUCUCUUCUCUUCUCUGGUCUCAUGUCUUCCCUCAUCUCCCCUUCCGGCUUCUUCUUCUGUCGGCUUGUUUCCUCAACAUCGUCGGCAGCUUUGUUUGUGCAUAAUUCUCUCCCCUUUUCCCUAGGAAUGGACCAUAUAUAUAUAAAUAUAUAGAUAAAUAAUUUUUUUAUGUUUGUAAGUACAUUCUGUAUAUUUCUCAAUUUUUUAUUUUUUUUUCCUGGUAAUGUUUUUUUGCUUCUGGCUUUAAAACAUGCAUGUGACUUAAUUCAUUGCGAAGUAGGAGACGGUGGAUACGGGGAUGACAUCUAAAUUGUGGAAUUAUUAUCGAAAGUUGAGUAAAUUCGUCUUGUAAAAUCAAAAAAAACAAAUGGGGAACAAAAGAGAAGAAACCUAUUUUGUUGGUUGAAGUCCUGUCUUGAUUCAGUUGUGCAGCACAUCUUGUUGUGAUUUAACAGCAGAAUGGAAAUAAAAGCAGAAAAACAAGCUCUGUGAUAUUAUGUGACAGUUUGAUUUGCGUAACAAACAAAACAAAACAAACAACAAAAACAAACAAUACAUUCCUUUUGUGGCGCUUGAGCAGAACACACGCCUCGGUGGUGACAUCAUUAACUUAAUAAACAAUAAAAUCAGACUGAGCAAUGGGGGGAUGUCACAUUUGAAUGAAAACACAAAGAAAUCAAAACCUAGGUGCUAUUUACUCUCUUCUGUGGUGCUAUGUAUUUUUUCCUUUUUUGUGUUGUUGGAAUGAAAGGAAAUCCGAGGUGAUAAUAUUCCAUCACCAGCCCCCCCCCCCCCCCCCCCCCCCCCCCCCACCGCCCUCUGACUCUUGUAUCUUUGCUGCAUCCGUUUCAUUUUUUUAAAUGUUUACGUUUUUGGGGGGUUUUUUCGUGUUCGCGGCGUCCACUCAGAGGUCGGUGCGGCGCGGCGGACCGCACAGAGGACACCUGUUGUCCUCGUCUGUGCCACAUCAGACUGAUGGAUUUGACAAGUGGACGGUUUGUGAUUGGGCCCAAUUUAAAAAGGGACACGGCCCAAAGUUUUGUUUGGUGACUGAAACCCUAAACUCUCCCACCAAAAGGUUUUCAGGUAUAUUUUUUAGCUUUAAGGGUAUUUUUUUGUUUGUUUUAUUUGGGAAACAACUUGAUAUUCUUCUUGAUUUAACAACAGUAGAAGCAGGUGACUAAAUUGGCCAGAUUGGAGUGCAAACAAUGCUUGUUGGUCUACUUUAUUUUGCCCUUUGUAAUUAUGCUCUUUGUUCAAACUAUGCACUCUCUUUGCUUAUGACCACUAGUAUCUACCACAGAUUUUGUUUUCUGCCCAUAGGUUUGUUUUGUUUUUCCUUUUUUUUUUAAAUCUUCAAAUAUGUGACUUGAACCAUUUCUGUUAAGAUAACUCAAUAUGCUUGUAGAUCUUUGGCUUUAUUUGUUAUUAGGAUGCAGUACACCCAAAAUUUAACACUUUCCUCUCAAUAAAUACGAGAAACAUUUUUUUUUGUAAAUUUCCAGAACCAGCAGUGAUUCUGCCAUUGUUUCGUUUCAGUUUGUAGAUUUCUGUUUGUUUGUCUGUUUAUUUGUUUUCACAGUCUUGUCAAACCUGUGUAAGGAUAAGAGGAUAGAAGUUAUAUUGGUUUUUAUGUCAAUAAAUUCAAGUUUACUGUGGCCAUCCACUCUUGUAUGUCUUUUGAAGCAUUAAAACCUAUCUGUAUGCAUGAAAUUGUAAAGUUUUUUUCUCGUGUUAUGAUACCCAGUCCACGUUUUAUUCAUCGGGAUACAUCGGUUCUUCAAUGAUGAAUAAAGGGUCAUGUCCACAAUUGUGAAGUGGAGAGAAAAUGAUGAACUUGUAACUUACCAAAGCCAAUGUUCGUUUGUAGUAUAUUUAUUGUAUUAUUUAAAAUAAAAAAUAAACAUUAAAUGAUACCAUA